CAGAUCCAGUUUCUCCUACACUCCCUAGAUCCCAUGGCUUCAUUACUCCCCAUUCGAGUGGUCAGGACCACCACCUCCUCCUGUUCCGCAUGCCGCUCUCUCACUUCCGCCGCAACUCCAACAACACGCCUCGCCGGCGCCGCCGCUCCUCUCUUCCGCCGCAACUUGUCGACACCCUCCGAGCAACAGCAGACCCCCCCAGCGGAGUACUCAGAUAAGCCACGAUGGUCAUACACUCCUCCUCGCGCGAAGGCCCCCUUUAGUCUACGCCUGAACUCCAAGAGACGCGAGUUCCCUGUGAACUCCGACCCCAAGGUGCUCGACCAGUUCUAUAUUCGCAUGCUGGGCGAAGACGGCGACAAGGUUCUUUCGGAUGAGGUCAAGUGGCUUACAGUUACGCAUAAGAGUUUCGACCAGGGGAGGAGAGGAUUCAAUGAUCGAUUGGCUUUUCUCGGAAAACGCAUCGUUCAGCUACAGGCUUCCCUUGCUCUGGCACAGAGCCCUGGAACUGCUGUGGUCGCUGAUGUCUUUGGUCGAGAGCCUUUCGCCCACCCUGCGCUGGAUGGACUGGGCAAUCUCUCCACGAACACGCGGAAUUUCCUCACAAGCAAGAUGAAGCUUGCCGAGCUUGCUGAGAAAUAUGAAUUACAGACGGUGUUGAGAUGGAGCCCUCGAAAGCCCGACAACCUCCCAGCCUCCGGUGUCGAGCUCGUCCUCGCGCAUACCAUGUACGCCGUGAUCGGUGCCAUUUCUCUGGAGAAAGGCGGACAAGUGGCCAACAAGGUGGCACAAGAGCGGAUAUUGGCACCCUUGGGAUUCAAGGUGACGGCUUAAGGGGCGGUGCUGUGUGAGAGUAUGAAAAUAGCCGCAGGAGCAUUUUCCAGGCGUUAAUUUUUUUUUUUUUUGUUUCCCUUUUCGUUGGAUAUUUUCUCUGUAUCUGUUGGCAGGGGAGGGAAGAUAUUUCUCGUGUGUAUUUUUAACUACGGCUUGUGAUAUAUUUGACGGCAAAUACCAUCUCUUCAGUUCUCUCUCUCUCUCUGGAUACUGAAAAGAAGAUAUUGAAUUAAAGAAUG